UCAAACACCACCAGACCUGGUUGGCGAACCAACCCCAUUCAGGCGACGCAGUGCAAAACACACAGUGCGAUAGCACCAGUGCCCACAGUAGAGCGGAGCGCCUGCCUUUCCUGUAUUGCCCCGCAACAGACAAAGGAGUCCCGGUUGGUGGUGCGGCAGGACGGCAGGGCUGGGUACGACGGACCGCGUGCAGAGGCGUUGGCCCUCGUGACGUAGCGUGCUCGGAAUUCGGAAACAAACGGGUAUUGGGUGGUGGUUGCCGCGAUGCGUCCGAGGUUGGUGAUCUUGUCGGUGCUGUUGGCACUGCAGCAGUACCUCGGAACUGGUUCAUGUUCGGAGGAUGAGGAACGGUUGGUUCGAGACCUGUUCCGUGGUUACAACAAGCUCAUUCGUCCGGUACAAAAUAUGACACAAAAGGUGGAUGUACGGUUCGGGCUCGCUUUCGUGCAACUUAUCAACGUGAACGAGAAGAAUCAAAUUAUGAAGUCGAACGUCUGGUUGCGGUUGGUGUGGAGUGACUACCAGCUACAGUGGGACGAAGCUGAUUACGGUGGUAUCGGUGUACUGCGGUUACCUCCGGACAAAGUGUGGAAACCAGAUAUCGUGCUGUUCAAUAAUGCCGACGGUAACUACGAGGUGCGCUACAAAUCAAACGUACUAAUCUACCCGAACGGUGAGGUGCUAUGGGUACCGCCCGCCAUCUAUCAAAGCUCGUGCACUAUCGACGUCACCUACUUCCCGUUCGAUCAGCAAACCUGCAUCAUGAAGUUCGGCUCGUGGACGUUCAACGGUGAUCAGGUGUCGCUCGCCCUGUACAACAACAAAAACUUCGUCGAUCUGUCCGACUACUGGAAGUCGGGCACGUGGGACAUCAUCGAAGUGCCCGCCUACCUCAACGUGUACGAGGGCAACCCGACGGAGACGGACAUCACGUUCUACAUCAUCAUCCGGCGCAAGACACUCUUCUACACGGUCAACUUGAUCCUGCCGACGGUGCUGAUUUCGUUCCUUUGCGUGCUCGUCUUCUAUCUACCGGCGGAAGCCGGCGAGAAGGUAACGCUCGGCAUCAGUAUUCUCCUGUCACUGGUUGUGUUUCUGUUGCUGGUGUCGAAGAUUUUACCACCGACCUCGCUGGUGCUGCCACUGAUCGCCAAGUAUCUGCUGUUCACCUUCAUCAUGAACACGGUCUCGAUCCUGGUGACGGUGAUCAUCAUCAACUGGAACUUCCGUGGGCCGCGCACGCACCGCAUGCCGAUGUGGAUCCGGUCCGUCUUUCUCCAUUAUCUGCCCGCGAUGCUGCUGAUGAAGCGUCCGCGCAAGACACGCCUCCGCUGGAUGAUGGAGAUGCCGGGUAUGAGUGUGCCGCCGCAACCCCACACCCAUCCGUCGUACGGUUCACCGGCCGAGAUACCGAAGCACAUCAGUGCGCUCGGUGCGAAACAGUCGAAGAUGGAGGUGAUGGAGCUGUCCGAUCUGCACCAUCCCAACUGCAAGAUGAACCGGAAGCUCAACAGUGGCGAUCUCGGCAUCGGUGCGGACAGCUGCCGCCGGGAGAGCGAAAGCUCCGACUCGAUACUGCUCUCACCGGAGGCGAGCAAGGCAACGGAGGCGGUCGAGUUUAUUGCAGAGCAUCUGCGCAACGAAGAUCUCUACAUACAGACACGGGAGGACUGGAAGUACGUCGCGAUGGUGAUCGAUCGGUUGCAGCUGUACAUUUUCUUCAUCGUCACCACAGCUGGCACGGUUGGCAUACUGAUGGAUGCACCGCACAUCUUCGAGUACGUCGAUCAGGACCGCAUCAUCGAAAUCUACCGUGGCAAGUAAACCGCCAGGGACAGGUACACAAGCACACGCGCACCAUCCAGCACAGUGUCGCGAAAAAGAUGAGUAACCCUAAUCCCGUAUCUGCACAUGCGGGGUACUACGGUGCACAAACCGACACAAUCGGACACUUCUGCUAGCAGGUCCGCACCCGCAUAGCGGAUGUGUAGUGCCUGAUAAGUAAGUAAGUAUGUAUGGUUUUGUACACCCGGUAUCAUAUGGAGGACGUGUUAAAUGUUCCUGACAACACACUCGAUUAGCAUUCCUCGCAAAGUAAGCAGCAAAAAAAACACACCUAAAUCUCCCCUCAUUUUGGCACAUUGAGGAGUCGCAUCUCCGCGCACUAAGCAUCUUCAAACAUUUUGACGCGGACAGCCACAGUCUGCCAGAACCGUAAUGCAUUCCUUCAGGUUCAGAAAAAUAGUUGCCUACACAUUUGCUAACACAACAACCGCAAGCGAGAUCAUAUUGGGGCUCCAACGAUGAGCCUCAAUAUAGGUAGAAACGUAUCGGUUUUGUUUUUGCAAUAAAAAGAAACUACUAGCGUGGCGUCGCCGCCUCUG